AUGCAGAGAACGCCAAAAUCGAUCGUUACCGGUAAUACUACUCAGAGUGUCCGUAGCGUUCUGCUUGCUGGAAAGAACACCGCACCUCUGACUGGUCACCACUUCCAUAGUUGCCAUAGAUGUCACGAAAGAAAGGUGAAGUGUAGCGGUAGCCGUCCGUGCCAUAACUGCCAGCAGUCUGACAAGGCGGGCGAGUGCUCGUUUCCGCAAAGGAAUAGGACGGUAAAGGUUCCGCAAAGUUUACUGGAUGAACUAUUCCAGGAGAUUGAUAGACUGAGGCGACAGAGUACACCUCAGCUGCAGUCAGAACGCUGCGCAACGGAUAUCAAUGAAUCCCACCAUACAAACACUCCUGAAGAAGAUGCCCCUCAACCACUUCAGUCACCUAUAGACCUUCAGCCAGAACCAUCUGCAGAGUCCGCGGAAACCGAAACAAGUCCAGCAAUCAGUGUUGAUCCGUGGUUCAACAGUUUGAAUGUCUUCAGAAGCCCUGUCCUCAUCGGCGAGGCUGCCGACGCCGCUUUCGCAACUCGGUUUCGCCAGGUCAUUACGGACCCAUCAGCCCCCGAGCCUAUUCACCUCCUACGCCUGGAUUACGCUUCCAACGAGUCCAUGAUGUCGUUGGCUGAUGUCAACACACCUUGGCCUGGGCCUUCCCGCGCCAAAUUCUUGCUCGAGGCCGCCAUGAAAUACAUUGGUCGCUCAUAUCACAUCGUGGAAGCACGCGUAAUUACAGAAAGCUGGAAACGGAACAGCCAUGACGCGAGCCAGGAAGCUAUAACCCUUCGGUGUAGAACUUGGGCCCUAUUUGCGAUCGGGGAGCUUUACAUCUCCAAGUCCACCGGCGUCCACGGUUUCCCUGGAAUGGCAUACUUUGCUCAAGCAUCUAAGGCUUUGGGAUACCUUGACGAGCGCCCCGAGGUUGACUCCGUUGAGCUUUACCUCCUCUUGGCUUUCUACUCUAUGGCUCUGAACCGACGAUAUAGUGCGUACGUUUUCGCGGGUACUGCCGUUCGUGUUGCAGUUGUUAUCGGCCUACACCUUGGCAUUCCGGAGUCUCAAUUACCAGAUCCCAUGAUUCGCCAACAUCGGAAGUGUCUCUUUUGGACUGCAUAUAUCAUAGACCGACUCUGUGCUGCGAACCUUAACCACCCACCGGCAAUUCAAGAUGAUGACAUUGGCAUUGACCUUCCUUGCGAGCCAUCUACUUCGACUUCGACCAAUAGCUGUGGUGACUCCGAUUACCAUGUUGCUAAUAUCAAACUAGCCGGUCUAUUAACUUCCAUAAUCCGAUCUGUCUACAGCGCCCGAACUCAAGCUGAAGGCACAUGCGCGAACCUCUCGAGCCGCGUUCAAGGCUGUCUCAAAGAUCUCCAGUGCUGGUUCGAAACCUUACCUCGUUCGUUACAGAUUGGAGACAAAUCUUUGAACGAGCCUCAUGAUAACAAAGUUGUCUCUCUUCAUCUGCGUUUCUACCAGUGUGUGAUCUUGGCUACUCGACCACUUUUGCUACACGCCCUGCGAAUUCAGGUCGCAAACUCACGUCCCGGCCCAUCUCCAGCAUCAUUCAGAAUCCCUCCCGAUGCAACAGCACUUUCACAGGCAUGCAUACGGUGCGCUCAUCAGUCUACAAGACUCUUCACACGAGCGUGGAUCGAUGGGAACUUUGUGACUUUUGAUUGCUUCUUCACGCAACACCUCUUUUCUUCAUUAACGAUCCUAGCCAUUUCGAGUCUCUUGGACGGAGUAGGCAGUCGACAGGAUCGGGAUUCUUACGAGGAGGCAUCUCGCCUGCUUGACCAACUAAAGAUGGCUGGGAACAUGGUGGCCCAGGAAUAUAGUCGCCAUGUUGAAGUGAUGGAGUCGACGAUAUUGUCGCACCUAAAAGACAAUACCCCAUCCCAGUCAGAUGGAGCAGGAGGGCCUUGCGACGAUGUUCUCACUCAGGAAACUGAUCCAAGCUUACCAGAUGGGACAGUGCCAGCAGCAGGUGUGCCUUGGCCAGAGCCGUCGUUGCAAGAGCUGCUGUCCCAACCAGUGUUCUUGGAGGGCGCUGUUCGAGGGGAGCACUCGCAAGGGAUUUACUGGCCAGAUAUGCAUGUAGAUAGAUGA